UUGAUUAAAUAUUUACAUUAUUGAACAUCUUUUCAAUUUUAUUCAAAUAUUUAAAUAUUUUAAAGGAUUUUUUACAAAUAUAAAUAUAGUUUAUCUUAAAAUAAUAUUGACAUUAAAGUUUAGUGAUAAAAAAUGUCAUCAAAGAUAUGUUUUAUGUUAUUAUUUAUGAUUAUAUUAAUGUUGAGCCUAUCGUUGGCCAACAGUCAACGGACACAAUCUAAUAGAAAAUCCAAAAAACAGUUUCAAAACCGAUUGACUGUCGACAACACAACUGAUGGAAAUAGUUUUAAUAACAUAACUGAGUCCAAGUGUGGCAAAGAUUCAUACAAAGAGUUGGAUCAUAUGAUUGCCCGCAUUACGAGUCCGACCAGUCGUUUCCCCGAAACUAUUCAAGAGUUGCACAUUAGAUGCGAGAACCGAACUCAUGUAUUGAAUAAAUUAGAAGAUUUGAAGAACCAUUGUAUGGAUGGUAUGCUUAAGCGUAUAGUGUCUGUAAUGUUGUACUCAAUUAGACGCCAACGGAAAGGUAUGUGUCGUAAAAAACCAAACAAGAAAAUGGUUGAACUCAUUAGUGCCGGCAAAUGUAUUAACUCCGGACGACCCGAAGCUCAAAAAUGUAUUGAUGAGGCCAUGAAUCAUGUGGUGGGCAUCAAACACGCCACCGAUGACCGCAUGAAAAUACCAUUUAUUUGUUGUACUUUUGUUAAAUUGAAAUCUUGUUUGAUAUCAAUUGGUCACAAAAACAAACAGUGCACUGAAGAGCACAUCAACUUAUUGGUCCGUCGCUCGGAACAGGUAUCCAACGGUCCAAUGAAUAUGGCGUGCGGUGACUAUAACGAAGAAACUGAUAAAUGCGAAAAACUUGAAAUACCUAACCGUCUAAAGGAUGAACCCAUACCUAAAAGCUUUUUAAUGCCUUUAGUCGACAUUUUUGAUAGCUUUAAUGAAAACAAAUAAUAUUGGUUUUUAAUAAUUUUUAAUCUUUUAAUUACUUAUAAGUGACAAAAACACAUAUUUAAAUAUUAUAUAAAUAACUGAAUAU